UGUUGCCCCUGCUUGUGGAGACCCAGGUGCAUGAUGGGAGCUCAUCUCCCUGCCCCUCCUCUCCGCCUGGUCCCCAUCUUGUCCUCUCUACAGUGCGGAGGCUUCUGCUGUAACAGGACAAUGCAUGCAUAUGCAUAUGCGUACACAUAUACAUGCAUAAAAUAACAUGCACACAGUCAGGCGUGGACAAAUAAGGAGGUUUAGAGGUGUGUACGUUUUGCAGAGGUAGUAUAAAUUCAGGCCACACACAGUGGUGAGUGAGCAGACGCUUAAUCUUUAAUCAUGGCCGGGAAAGCAGAUGUUAGAAUCUUCCAAAGCAUUCAAGUGAAUAUACAGAUAGAUCUAUCUUGCUUUGCUCUCAUGUAGCCUUGACAUGAACCAGUCUACAAGAAACUUUACAUUUCACCCACAAAACGUUAUCCAGAGCAAUAAGAACAAUCAUUGCAUUAUCUAAAAGAACAACCUGACCGAGAGCAAAUCAAAGGUCAGGCACACAAUAAACAUUUUGUACAACAGAAGAGUGUUAAGAUGUUUGGUACUCCUGCAUUCAAAAGAGAUAUGGUUUCUACACAAACAUAGGGAAAACAUGGUCAGACAUACAUGCAAUACAUACACAAACACAAGGACAGGCACACAUAGAGGAUCCACAUUUACACAUAAAUGCAUACACACACACACACACACACACAUGCACACACCUCAUACCACCCGAAGCACUGAUUUUGCUAUGGGGUUCUUCAGGGUCAAGUCCAUGGUCACUCACACACACACACAUUUGCCUCCACACAUGGAGAGAUGUAGAUUUACAUGCUACAUGCUACACAGACAGGGACACAUGCACAAAACACACUGAAGAUUAAGGACUAUUUGUCUUUUACUUAUCACACCAUCUCCUGCGGUUUCUUUCUUUCACGCAAAAACACAUUUGCAUAUUGCAACUGCAUGCAUUUAGGCACCAACCAAAAUGCAUGCUUGCACUUGAGGUCACGAGAUGGUACUGGGACAUUGACCGCUUGUGUGUGAUCCUCACAGCGUGUGUGUGUGUGAUAAAGGAAGGUGUGGAAUGCGUGGCGGAGAGCUGCUUCAGCAUGUGUGAGUGUGUUUCUUGUUGGCUGGGUGAAGGCUGCUUUUCUUGCUUGUGCGUAGGAGAGUGUGUCCCUGUGUGUGUGUGUGUGUGUGUGUGUGUCCCUGUGUUUGUAUGUGCACGCGGCCUCACCUGCUGGAUUAGUUGGAAAGGGGAUUAGAAGCAGGUGAAGUUGCCGAGACGACAGAGCGGAGAUUAGAGCUGUGGUCACCGGGGGCUGUAAGAGGCUUUCAUUCCUCGCUCACCACUCCAUCGCCACGACGACUGGAACACGCCCGUCCCACUGGCCCCUUGCAAGCGGACCCUAAGGGUCGUCGGGGACCCGUGGGUCACCUGGGCAACAGGAGCAGCAUGGCCUUGCGGGGUAGAAUGAGGUCGAGGCGGCGGUCCGUAGGACCUGCUUGCUCGUCCGCCGGUUACCGCAAGGCAGACGAUGAGAUGUCCGGAACAACUUCACAGGCGGAGCCCGUAGACGCCACUGCGAGGACGGUCUUCCUCAACCGGCCCCAGACAACCAAGUUUUGCGACAACCAUGUCAGCACGACCAAAUAUGGGAUCCUCACGUUCCUGCCUCGCUUCCUGUACGAGCAGAUCCGGCGGGCUGCUAACGCCUUCUUCCUCUUCAUCGCCCUGAUGCAGCAAAUCCCCGAUGUGUCUCCCACGGGUCGCUACACCACGCUGGUGCCGCUCAUCUUCAUCCUCACGGUGGCCGGGAUCAAAGAGAUCAUCGAGGACUACCAGAGACACAAAGCAGACAACACAGUGAACAACAAAAAGACAACAGUGCUGCGGACUGGCUCCUGGCAAACAGUCAUUUGGAAACAAGUGGCAGUUGGGGACAUAGUGAAGGUGACCAAUGGCCAGCAUCUCCCAGCUGACAUGGUCAUAGUGUGCUCCAGUGAGCCCCAAGCCAUGUGCUACAUAGAAACCUCCAACCUGGAUGGAGAAACCAACCUGAAGAUCCGACAGGGUCUGACCCUAACGGCAGGGAUGCAGCCUCUGGAGGACCUGGUGGCUCUGUCGGGUCGUCUGGAGUGUGAGGGACCCAACAGGCAUCUCUAUGACUUCACUGGCACGCUGCGCCUGGACAACCUCAACCCAGCUCCUCUUGGACCGGACCAGGUGUUGCUGCGUGGGGCCCAGCUCAGAAACACCCAGUGGGUUGUGGGUAUUGUAGUCUACACGGGUCACGACUCCAAACUGAUGCAGAACUCCACCAAAGCGCCCCUGAAGCGCUCUAAUGUGGAGCGGGUGACCAACGUGCAGAUCCUGGUGCUCUUCUGCAUCCUGCUGGUCAUGGCCAUCAUCAGCUCUGUCGGCGCUGCCAUCUGGAACACAAAGCACACCGACGAGGCCUGCUGGUACCUCUCCCGCGCAGGCGACAUCUCGUACAACUUCUGGUACAACCUCCUGACCUUCAUCAUCCUCUACAACAACCUGAUUCCCAUCAGUCUGCUGGUCACGCUGGAGGUGGUCAAGUUCACACAGGCACUCUUCAUCAACUGGGAUGUUGAGAUGUAUUAUGCAGAAACAGACACUCCUGCUGUGGCUAGGACCUCCAAUCUGAAUGAAGAACUCGGACAGGUGAAGUAUCUCUUCUCAGAUAAGACUGGAACACUCACUUGUAAUGUCAUGACCUUCAAGAAGUGCACCAUCGCUGGCAUCACAUACGGGCAUUUUCCGGAUUUGGAGUGUGAUCGAUCUAUGGAGGACUUCAGUCAUCUGCCCUCCAGCAGUAAUAACUCUACUGAGUUUGAUGACCCCACUCUGAUUCAGAACAUUGACAAGAACCAUCCAACAUCCCCACAAAUCUGCGAGUUCUUGACCAUGAUGGCUGUGUGUCACACGGUGGUUCCUGAGCGGGAGGAAAACCAGAUCAUCUAUCAGGCAUCCUCACCAGAUGAGGGAGCUCUGGUGAAGGGAGCUAAAGGUCUGGGCUUUGUCUUCACGGGCAGGACCCCUCACUCUGUCAUCAUGGAAGCGAGGGGGAAGGAGAAGAGUUUUGAGCUUCUGAAUGUGUUGGAGUUCUCAAGUAACCGCAAGCGCAUGUCAGUGGUGGUCCGGACUGCCAAUGGGAAGCUACGGCUCUACUGCAAAGGAGCAGACAAUGUGAUCUUUGAGCGCCUGGCUGAGGUGUCCCAGUACAAAGAGCUGACUAUUGCUCAUCUGGAGCAGUUUGCCACUGAGGGCCUGAGGACACUGUGCUUUGCCUUUGUGGAUCUGGAGGAGGCAGCCUACCAGGAGUGGCUGAAAGAGUACAACCGGGUCAGCACCAUCCUCAAGGACCGGGCCCAGAAGCUGGAGGAGUGCUACGAGCUCCUGGAGAAGAACCUGCAGCUGCUGGGGGCCACGGCCAUAGAGGACCGUCUGCAGGCCGGGGUCCCUGAGACCAUCGCCACACUGAUGCGGGCCGACAUCAAGAUCUGGGUCCUGACUGGGGACAAGCAGGAAACUGCCAUCAACAUAGGUUACUCCUGUCGCCUGGUGACCCACGGUAUGUCCCUGAUCAUCGUCAACGAGGAUUCACUGGAUGCCACGCGGGCCACGCUGACGGCUCACUGCUCGUCGCUAGGAGACUCCCUGGGGAAGGAGAAUGAGCUGGCCCUCAUCAUCGAUGGACAGACGCUCAAGUAUGCCCUCUCCUUCGAGGUGCGCCAGUCCUUCCUGGACCUGGCGCUGUCCUGCAAGGCUGUCAUCUGCUGCAGGGUGUCUCCUCUGCAGAAGUCCGAGAUCGUGGACAUGGUGAAGCGGCACGUGAAGGCGAUCACGCUGGCUAUCGGUGACGGUGCCAAUGACGUGGGCAUGAUCCAGACGGCCCACGUCGGGGUGGGCAUCAGCGGCAACGAGGGCAUGCAGGCCACCAACUCAUCCGACUACUCCAUCGCACAGUUCCAAUACCUGGAGAAGCUGCUGCUGGUUCAUGGAGCCUGGAGUUAUAACCGAGUCACUAAAUGCAUCCUGUACUGUUUCUAUAAGAAUGUGGUGCUGUAUAUUAUAGAGCUCUGGUUUGCGUUUGUGAAUGGCUUCUCUGGUCAGAUCCUGUUUGAACGCUGGUGUAUCGGUCUCUAUAAUGUGCUCUUUACAGCGCUGCCUCCCUUCACUCUGGGCAUCGUUGACCGGCCGUGCAGUCAGCAGAACAUGCUGCGCUUUCCCCAGCUUUACCGCAUCACUCAAAAUGCUGACUGCUUCAACACCAAGGUGUUUUGGGGUCACUGCAUAAAUGCGCUCAUCCACUCAAUCAUUCUCUUCUGGUUUCCUCUUAAAGUACUGGAACAUGACACUCCGUUUGAUAAUGGCAACAGUGUGGACUACCUGUUUGUGGGAAAUAUUGUUUAUACGUAUGUAGUGGUAACUGUGUGUCUGAAAGCUGGAAUGGAGACCACCGCUUGGACCAAGUUCUCUCACCUGGCUGUGUGGGGCAGUAUGGUGCUCUGGAUGCUCUUCUUCGCCGUCUACUCCGCCAUCUGGCCCUCAAUACCCAUAGCUCCAGAUAUGCUGGGCCAGGCUGGACGGGUGAUGAAGUGCUGGAGCUUCUGGUUGGGGUUGAUCCUGGUGCCAACUGCCUGCCUGCUCAAAGAUGUAGCGUGGAACGCCGGGAGGCGUACGGUGAGGAAGUCUCUGCUGGAAGAGGUUCAGGAGCUGGAGGCGAGGGCUGUCGACCCUGGAGCGGCCGUCCUGAGAGAUGCCAGCGGACGAAGUCUGAAUGAGCGUGCCCACCUGCUGACGCGCGUCUUCAGGAAAACACCCUCCAGUGUGGGACGCUCCAGCUCAGUGCAGCAGACCGUAUCACAUGGCUAUGCGUUCUCCCAGGAAGAGCAUGGGGUGGUGUCUCAGUCCCAGGUGGUCCGCUCGUAUGACACCACUCUGCAACGGCCCAGCCUGUAACCCCUGGCAACCGCCUCACUGGUCGCCAGGGCAACACUAGGGGCAGCAGCCAAUGAAGAAAGAGACUUUUUGUGACACCCUUAUUGGGUGGCACUGCUGUGGCCUUACCGGAACUCUAUUUUAAACUAAAUAAAACGAAGAAAAAGAAAAAUGAUAAAUAAGAGAAAAACCGGUGUAGAAGAUGCCUCUAGGAGCAGUCAGCUGAAGCUGUUGUAGAUGGACAAGGACGGGUUCUUACCAUAGACUGGCCAAUCAGCAGUUGCACCACACACAGACUGAAGGGGGCCAACCAAUCAAAUCUUAAAGGGACAACAUAAACUGUCAUCAAAAGGCUUGAAAAAACAAACAAACAAACAUACAAACAAACAAAACGAAGCAACAGUGAUGUAUGUGUCUGCUCUGUAAUUGAAACACACAGAGAAAGUGCAAUAUCUUGUUCCUGUGUAUGUGUUCAUUAGUCUGCAUGUGUGUCCUUUCUGUGUGUGUG